AUGAAGUGGAUUCGCGACCUGAUGAAGGCUGGGGGCAGCAUCUCCUCGCCUUUCGCCUCCUAUCAGCUGCAGAAGAUCCUGGGCUCAGGAUGCUUCGGCACGGUCGCCCUCUGUACGAAAGACAACACCGACCAGAAGGUGGCGCUGAAGGUGGUUAAGGAUCCUGGCCGUGAGAUGGCCGACGCUCUGACCUUUUUGAAGAGCCUGAAAAUAGUCCAUGGCGACCUGAAGAUGGAGAACAUCAUGCUGGUGGAUCACGUGAGGAAGCCUCUCCAGGUUAAACUCAUUGACUUCGGACUGGCUCGUCCUGCACAUCUCGUCACACGAGGCACUUGUUUUGGGGCACUUUGCUACAGCGCCCCGGAGAUGGCAAUAGGAGCCCCUAUGCACCACGCCUUGGACAUGUGGGCGCUCGGUUGCAUCGCUGCCGAGCUGUUUCUGGGACAAGUGCUCUUCAACGCCAAAAAGACGGCUGAUCUGGUUGAAGUGAUUGUCCAAAUAUUGGGGCUGCCUCCCAGAGAAGUGCUGGACUCUGGUCUACUUACGAAAAAGUACUUCUGCCGUCCAGAUGGACAGAACUGGGUGCACAAGUCAUCAUGUGUUCCUUGGAGGAUGAAGAGACCAGUCCCUGUAGAAACACUGGACGAAAUGUACACGAGGAAUCCAAACGGUGGUGAGGAUUUGUAUUUAUUCGUGGACCUGGUCAAGCGGAUGCUGGACUUAGAUGCAGGUUCCCGAAUUGACCCCAAGGAGGUGAUGACACAUCCCUUCCUGAAUGCAUCCCUACGUGCCCAUGUUGAGAGCCAAAAGCCUCAUUUGGAGAGUCAGUCGUCCGUCUCCCCCUGCCUCUCAAAGCCUAGAGGCCAAAAGAGGAAGCGCGAAGACGAUGACGAUGAGGAAGAUGUCACGAAACGUCCUGAGAAACGGUACAGAGGAACAGACCAGGCUUCUGUGACCAGUUUGGAGAGUCAGUCGUCCGUCUCCCCCUGCCUCUCAAAGCCUAGAGGCAAAAAGAGGAAGAGCGAAGACGAUGACGAUGAGGAAGAUGUCACGAAACGUCCUGAGAAACGGUACAGAAGAACAGACCAGGCUUCUGUGACCAGUUUGGAGAGUAAGCAUACUCAGUUGCUCUCCUCUCUUCCUGAGACUCCUGAGGUUUCUCUGCCUCGUGGACUAAAGAGGAAGCGAGAGAACGGGAAGGAGGGAGAAGAACGUCCCGACAAACGAUACAGAAGAGCGGAUCUGGUUUGA